CCUUCCCCGAGCUCUCUCCCGGUCCCUGCCUCACUGGGUCGCUGAAGGCCGAGAUCCGUUUGGCCAUUGCUGCCGUGGAAAGGAAACGGACUCAACGAAGCUGCCCCGAAAGCGUUUGUAGGUGCCUCGUGGAGCUGGGUCUGGAUUCUCCUGGCAGCCCAGCCUUGUAGCUGUGCUGUCCCUUUUCCCUGAGAAUAACCCACGGUCCAGUGUCGAUCAACAGCGCUUUCCGCAAGGACCAGCAACCAUGGCAGGACAUGACUCUGGAACACAGCACAAGUUCACUGGUUUUCAGAAAUACUUCAAUUCCUACACCAUAACAGGCAGAAGGAAUUAUGUAAUAGCUACAUAUGCAAGCAUUGCCAUGAUCAUCUUAUAUUUCAAGCUAAGGCCUAAAAAACAAACUCCAGCAGUGACGGAAAAAUAGUGGUUGCUGGUAUGUGUGUUAGUGUUGGACCUCAUAUUGCAAUGGAAACAGGAAUUGAUGUACUAUUAUGUACAAUUCAAUAAAACAAACCAAACAUCA